AUGGCCGACUCUUCGUCUUCAAGCGUGAGAGGCGAAAAUAGAUCGCGCCGCUCCUGGACCUUAACUGCUGAAUCAAGCGCACUCGAGAGCAAUGGUCGAUCAUCACAGGAUUCCAACCUCGAGAGACCGAAAACCCAGAGCGGAGAAGCAGAUCCCAAGGCUGGUCCUAGUGGAUUCUCAAAGCUACUCGAUGUGCGUCGUAGGCGAAAAGAAAGUAAAAAGAAGAACCAAAAACCAAAUGACGAGUCAGGGGUGCCGACCGUGGUCUUAGAAAACGACCUACAUGAAAGCCGGUCCGACCAGUCUCGGGAUGGGACCUCCGCAGCCCCAUCGUCGAAUGGAGAGAGCUUUGCGCCGGAGGCGGAGGGUGAUAACAAUUGUCUAUUGACCGAUGAUGAAGAGCCGGACGGACCUCCACCUCUCACCUCGCACAGCUCCCAUGCCGGAUUCUACACCUCCUCCUCCCCAAUGUUCAAAACCAGAUCGGUGGAUGCCGCAAACACGGAAGACUCUCAUGCCGAUGCCGAGUCAGCUCUUAGCGGUCCUAGUGCUCCUGGGUCAGAAUUAAUCCCGGGCGAAAGAAUAUCCCGCCGCGCAACGUCGGGCAUGGCAUUGGAUAUCCCCGCAGAUCCAGAUAGCAAGAAACGCGGUACAUCCCCUGGACGACUCUUCAAAGGCGCUUUCGGCUCGGAUAAGAAAAGCGCCAAUGAUGAUCCUGAGGCUUCAUCAGUCAAGCCUGGGGGCACCAAAAGCGGGCGGGGUCUGUUCGGAGCCGGCCGGCGGAGCAGUCUUUCAGUGAAACGAGCACUGGUAGCCCCCGAUGAUGAUCCGUCUGUCUUUGCGCCAAUUCGUACUGAUCUAACGGACGACAAGGCUCGUUCACUUGAAGCGAGCCCCAUGCCGAACACCCCCCCUCAUAGUGCUAUUCCUGCGCCAGCGACAACUGUAACCCCACCAACACCAACUGAGUACCGCCUUCCCAGGGCGCAUAUCCUGUCUAACAAUGCCAUCGAUUCGCCCGAGUCUUUGCAAUCUGGAGAUUCUCCGUCUUCUGGAAUCACUACCGUGAGCCCCUCUGGAAAUAUGAUAUCUCACCGCCGGGUGCGGUCCGCGUCUGCAGCUCAUGGACCAAGCAAGUUGUCCAACUCAGUGUCGGCACUGACUCCUCUUGAGGAAAAAAACUCUGGGGUGAAGAAUGCGCCUGCAACCCAGCAAACUGGCUUCUUCUCCUCAGUCUUUUCAGUUGCGCAAAACGCCGCGACUUCCUUCAGUAACAGCAUCAAUGCACAACAGAGAAAUCGUCAAACUUCUCAAAAUGUUCUUUCUGAUGCCGAAAAAUCUCUCAAUGAAUCCACCUCGGAGGAGGGCGAAAGAAAUUCAGAUAACGGCAGUAGAAUUGCCGAAGGGAGACCAUCUGCUGUAGAGACUCUUGGGGCAGGAGAUUUGGACUUUAGCCACCUGGAUAUGGAUGCACGGCCCGGUGAGUCAAUUACGACUGCCGACGGCGUGGUGAUCACAAAGCCAGGGAACCCCGUUGACAAGCGCAAAAACACAGCUGUUUCUCGGCGAGAUGAUGAAGCUGCCAAACUUGAAGACAAACGCGCCGCGCGUGCCGUUCAAGUAGCAUAUGCAAGGCCUUCGGAUGUUUCCUUGGCCGGCCCCACAGACGACGCCCUGGAGAUUCAAUCUACCCGCUCACUUCCGAAAGAUGGCCCAAUUGUGGGUGAUCAAACUCCCCCUAAUGGUAGCGUGGUUGAUGGUGACCUGGGUGGUGGCCCCAAACGCACUGGCAGUGGGCGCAGUAAACUUGCCCAGCGUCAUCGGGGCUCAUCUGGAGCCACGACCUCAACAACCGGCGCGACCGGUGCCCCUGGUGGCAAUUCCAGUGUACCUCGGUUGACUGGCUUCGCGGUUGCCAGCAAAAAGCGCAACCGGGACUUUCACCAAUUAUUUCGGAGUGUACCUGAAGACGAUUAUCUUAUUGAAGAUUACAGCUGUGCUUUGCAACGUGAGAUUAUUCUUGCCGGACGCAUCUAUAUCUCAGAAGGGCAUAUUUGUUUCUCCAGUAAUAUCCUAGGAUGGGUCACGACUCUAGUGAUCAGCUUUGACGAGGUUGUUGCAAUCGAAAAGGAGAGUACGGCUGUAGUGUUCCCCAAUGCUAUUGCGAUUCAGACACUUCAUGCGCGUCAUACUUUCCGCAGCUUGCUCAGUCGUGAGUCCACAUACGAUCUAAUGGUUAACAUCUGGAAGAUCAACCACCCAACUAUUAAGAGUUCUGUGAAUGGAAGUCGUGUGACCAAUGGUACCGGUGAUAAGACAGAGAAAGUCGGGGAGGAGGAGAGCGAGUCCGAGAGCGAUGUCACCGAAGAAGAUGAAAUCUACGAUGAGGACGAGGAGGGAGAUCAUGCCGAAAGCUUCUUUGAGGCCGGUGACAGUGCCAACGCCAGUGCAACAUCAUUGCCAGUGCGAAAGGGAUUAAGCCGUAAGGCAUCGAAUCUAUCCGCGAAUGCAGCUGUGCCAGUGGCCGGCACAAAUGGCAAUGGCGACAAAAAGAGCGGCGACAAAAAGAACGGCGACAAAAAGAACAGCGACAAAAAGAAUAGCGACAAAAAGAACGGCGACAAAAAGAACGGCGAUAAAAAGAACGGCGACAAAAAGAACAGCGACAAAGCCGCUUCUACGGACGCGCCUGCUGAUUUCCCAGGUCCAGCUACACACGAAGCCACCGAAUAUGGUGACUCCAACGGACAGUACGAAAAAGUCAUCAAAGAGGAAAUCAUUUCGGCGCCGCUCGGCAAGGUCUUCUCUUUGGUCUUCGGCCCAGCGUCCGGCGAGUUUAUGACCAAGUUCCUUACCGACAACCAGAAAUGUACAGAGCUACAAUUUGAAGGAACGGCAAAGGGUUUGACGAUCGAAGCCCCAACCAGAAAGUACUCAUACAUCAAACCUCUCAGUGGCUCCAUUGGUCCGAAGCAGACAAAAUGUAUCAGUACCGAGACCAUGGAUUUCUUGGAUCUUGAAAAGGCUGUCCUUGUUACUCUGAGCACCCAAACACCCGAUGUGCCCAGUGGGAACGUUUUUGCUACCAUGACCAAGUAUCUCUUCACAUGGGCUCCGGGCAAUCAAACUCGCUUCCUCAUGACCUGUACUAUUGAGUGGUCAGGCAAGAGCUGGCUCAAGGGUCCUAUCGAGAAAGGCGCAAUUGAUGGACAAACGACCUUUGGUAACGAGAUUGUCAAAGCCCUGCAGAUUGGAGUCGUUUCUCGCGGGCGUGCCAAUGGCGCCGGACGAGGCAAAGAUAAGCGCAAGAAGGACGAAGGCGCAGGGCAGGAGUCGCCCGAAGCUGCCACGGUGGCGGUUGCUGUGGAUCCUAAAGUUGGAAAGGAAGAAUCGUGGGGACUAUUUGAACCAGUCCGCCCCCUUCUGGAGCCUUUUACCAGCAUUCUCACUCCGCUGUGGAGUAGCAACUUCGCUCUCUUAGUUAUCGGAAUCUUGUUCUAUAUGGCAUUCUUCCGAUCCUCGCCAUCGCCGUCCAUGCUUUCGCAUGAAGUCGGCUGUCCCGGUCACGGUCUGCCUCAAAGACUGGCUGCAUACGAGGAGAUGUGGCGACGUGAAGAGACCGAGCUCUGGAACUGGCUGGAAGACCGAGUUGGUAUGGACGGAAUGGUCUUUCCAAAUGUUUACCGAUCGCCCGAGCCCUACUCAAGUCGCAGGCCAUCUAGGGCUAGUGCAAGUGAUGAGCGUGAGCUCGCUGCGCGCCUUCGGGAAGGCAAGAUCUCUGACCGUGAGAUGGAUCAUGCCCUUCGCACCACCCGCGAACGUCUCGAUGUCCUUGAGGAGAUGAUGGUAAAACGCAAAGCCCGGUGGGAAGCCGAAGAGCUAGUCAAGUCCGAAUUGUGA